CACGUCGGUCAUCUGACGAACACUCAGCUGGCCCUCCGCUAGUUUUUGACAACAACGAAUGUGUCGGCAAUGUUCACAUCUUGAUUGUUUGUCCAAAAUUACUAUAACGCGCUAUUAGUCUGUUGUGCUUGUGAAGUUGUAUAUCAUGGAGCCCUCUGCGCCCAAAAGCAAACUGAAAAAGCUGAGUGAAGACAGUCUAACCAAGCAACCAGAAGAAGUGUUUGAUGUUCUAGAGAAACUUGGUGAAGGCUCCUAUGGAAGCGUGUUCAAAGCCAUUCAUAAGGAGUCAGGCCAGGUUGUGGCCAUAAAGCAGGUUCCUGUGGAGUCUGAUCUGCAGGAGAUCAUCAAGGAGAUUUCCAUCAUGCAACAGUGUGACAGCCCUUAUGUAGUUAAGUACUAUGGUAGCUACUUCAAGAACACUGAUUUAUGGAUCGUCAUGGAGUAUUGUGGAGCUGGCUCCGUGUCUGACAUCAUCAGACUGCGUAACAAAACGUUGACAGAGGAUGAGAUUGCAACCAUCCUGAAGUCUACACUGAAGGGUCUUGAAUACCUUCACUUCAUGAGGAAGAUCCAUCGGGACAUCAAGGCAGGAAACAUCCUUCUGAACACAGAGGGACAUGCAAAACUAGCAGACUUUGGAGUUGCUGGACAACUAACGGACACCAUGGCAAAAAGAAACACUGUCAUUGGGACUCCAUUCUGGAUGGCCCCGGAGGUGAUCCAAGAGAUAGGAUACAACUGUGUGGCAGACAUCUGGUCACUAGGCAUCACAUCCAUAGAGAUGGCUGAAGGAAAACCUCCGUAUGCUGACAUCCAUCCCAUGAGAGCUAUUUUUAUGAUACCCACCAACCCUCCACCCACCUUCAGAAAACCUGAGCUUUGGUCAGAUGAAUUCACAGAUUUUGUCAAGAAGUGCCUGGUCAAAAACCCGGAGCAAAGAGCAACUGCCACACAGCUCUUACAGCACCCAUUUAUUACCCAAGCCAAGCCUGUCACAAUCCUCAGGGACCUAAUAACUGAAGCCAUGGAGAUGAAAGCCAAGAGGCAGCAGGAGCAGCAGAGAGAGAUGGAAGAGGACGAUGACAACUCUGAAGAGGAGACUGAGGUAGACUCUCACACUAUGGUGAAGUCUGGUUCAGAGGGUGCAGGGACCAUGCGGGCCACUAGCACCAUGAGUGAUGGCGCACAGACCAUGAUUGAACAUGGUAGCACCAUGCUGGAGUCAGACCUGGGCACCAUGGUCAUCAACAGUGAUGAUGAAGAGGAGGAGGAACAUCAAGGAUCUAUGAGAAGACACCCUGCCCCCCAGCAGCCUAUACGCCCCGCUUUCAUGGAUUACUUUGACAAGCAGGACUCUAACAAGGCAUCCCAGCAGCAAGAAAACUACAACCACAAUCAGCCACAGGAGAAGCCCGGCUACCACAUCCAGUCCAAGAACACCUUCCCAGACAACUGGAAGGUGCCUCAGGAUGGAGACUUUGACUUUUUGAAGAACCUGGAUUUUGAGGAGCUGCAGUUGCGUCUGAGUGCCUUGGAUCCUAUGAUGGAGCGGGAGAUCGAGGAGCUCCGCCAGCGCUACACUGCCAAGAGGCAGCCCAUUCUGGAUGCAAUGGAUGCUAAGAAGAGGAGACAACAGAACUUCUGAAUUAUCCUUCUCGUCACCUUUUGAUUCUGCUUUGGUUUUCCCAAAUCAUUAUCACAACCCUGUUUGAACCUAGCUGCUGUUUUGGCUUGCUACUAUCCUCUAAAGUAAGUUAGUUGCAUUUUGUCCCUGGUGACACUAACCAGUUUCUGGAAAACAACAACAAACAUACUUAUCUUUUCUACACAUUCUACACACUUUUCCACGAAAAGUCAGAGGGACUCGAGCCAUGGCAAUACGUGUAAAAUAAGUUUCCCCUUUACCAAAUGAAAUUACUUUUAAUGUUAGGCCAAAAAAAAACUUCUGGAAACAUUCAAACAAACUUUUUUAAGCAGCAGCAGCAGCAGCAGC